CGGCAGUAGGGUUGAUUCGAAGCAUCCUCGCCUUGCCUCCUCCCCAAAUUUGAAACCUCCGAGGCGGACGCGACGCGAGACGAAGGCGUCGGUCGAGUGGGCGGCGCCUCCCCCGCUCCGUCGGCUCUCGCGGGCGCGGUUGGAGCGGCCGAGGACGCGCGCGCGGGCGCGGGAUUGGAUGCGGCGCGGCUCGGUUGCCGGAGGGUGCUCGCUGCUCGCGUCGGUCACGGAGGUACGGGUAAUCAUGGCAAGUGACAAAGCAAAAGUCGCAAAGAAGGGUGGAGAGGAUCCUGGACUUCCGCCAGCUUCUCGUGAAGGGGAAAACAGCCAUGAGCCGCAGAGGCAACGAUCACUGAAUGGGAGGACCACUGGUCCAACCCGGCGUUCUACCAAAGGAAAUUGGACACCCGAAGAGGAUUCUAUAUUGUCCCGUGCGGUUCAGACAUACCAAGGGAAAAACUGGAAAAAGAUAGCGGAAUGUUUUCCAGACAGAACCGACGUACAGUGUUUGCACAGGUGGCAAAAGGUUCUAAAUCCUGAAUUGGUCAAAGGGCCAUGGUCGAAAGAAGAAGAUGAAAUCAUAGUUCAGAUGGUAAACAAAUAUGGGCCAAAGAAAUGGUCGACCAUUGCUCAAGCUUUGCCUGGACGCAUAGGAAAGCAAUGCCGGGAACGGUGGCACAAUCAUCUUAACCCAGCCAUAAACAAGGAGGCAUGGACGCAAGAAGAGGAGAUUACUCUCAUUCAUGCUCAUCGGAUGUAUGGAAAUAAAUGGGCUGAACUGACAAAAUUUCUACCUGGAAGGACGGAUAACGCAAUUAAAAAUCACUGGAACAGUUCGGUAAAGAAAAAAGUUGAUUCAUACAUAUCUUCUGGCUUGCUUUCUCAAGUCCCGUGCCUCCCUCUGAUCGAAUGCCCUUCACAAUGCAACUCUUUAUCUACUAUGAACCUACAAAAUAAUGGAGAUAGUGGUUGCAAUGCUCAGAACACUAAUUUGGCCUUGAGCUGUGAUUUACAAGAAAAUAUGGAUGCCAACAAGAGCGAAGCACAAGACUCUCACUCUUCUAUGUGUCAGGGGACAUGCUAUACUUCCACAGAGGCUGUAGGAUCCGCUUUGCCUGAUGGGCAUCACCAUCUUUCUUCGUCUUUUUCUCAAAGAUUGGACCUGCAGAUGGAUGUACAUGAAGGGUCAGGUAAUUCUAUGUUUGUGGAUGAACAAACGCUUUGUAGCACAUCAAAUCAAGAAAACUCUAUGGUACCAUUUGGUGUUGCACAGGAAAUGCCUGUCUCUGUGCUAUCAAGUGUUUCUGAUGCUGAGCAGAAACUGCAUUUAAUCUCUGAUGCUGACAGUCUGAAAUCUGAACUUUGGAAAGACGUGUCCUUGCAAACUCUAAUUUCAGGAGAUACAGUUGAUGCUGCUUCUUCAGGACUAAAUCAACUGCCAGAUACUUCUAAAACGGACACCAACUUUUUGGCACAGCCAUACCCAUUACAUACAUCAAAUCCAUCCAGUGUGAUGGAAACUGUGUAUGAACGGAGUACGUUGGUGACAGUGUCUUCCUCUUUUCUGUGUUUAGAUAGUUUACCUGGUGUACCUGGAAAUAGAUCUGAGCCAAUGGACAUGCUGGAUUCUGAAGCAGAGAUGAUCACAUGCUCAAACAAUUCUUUUUGUGAUGCUGAGCAAUCAGCUAAACCAGGCAGCAGUGAUGACAGACCUGGGGAUUUCACAAUGAUUGAGAACACUACAAACUGCAGGAGCCAACAGUCCACAGAUGCCGAAGAAGCUGUGGCCAGUACAGCAAAAGAACAGUUACCAAAAGACAUUGAGACUGUGCCCGAUGAAAAGAAGGGUGAGGGAGCUCUAUUCUACGAACCUCCUCGGUUCCCAGGUGUGGAUGUCCCAUUUAUCAGUUGCGAUCUUGUAACUUCUGCUGAUCUGCAAGAAUUUAGUCCCCUUGGGAUUCGGCAGUGGAUGCGGUCAACCAUGAAUGUCCCCACUCCUUUAAGAUUAUGGGGAUCCCCAACACAUGAUGAAAGCCCAGAUGCGCUAAAGACUGCUGCCGAAAGCUUCCCAUGCACACCAUCAAUAAUGAAGAAAAGACACAGAGGUCUAUUAUCUCCUACUCCAGAUAAAAGAAUUGAGAAGAAAUCUGGGAUUGCAAAGGAGAUGACAGACAUCUCCUAUAUGAUUACAGCCACAUGUUCCGUGAAUACAACCAAAGAUGAAGCAACUGUUACUGAAUCGCUUGUGUGUGCUGAGCAAUCUUCUUUUAAACAUCUAGAUAAGAAACUUGAGUUCUCUGAUGGUAACAAGGAAAAUUCCGAUGGAGCACCUGAACAGGCCAGAGAUGCACAGAAUGCAGGAAACAAACAACUUGUGGAUGAAGGAGGGCAACGAUGUUCCUCACCAAAUGUCGCCAAUCCUAAUGCUGAUCUGCCAGACAAUUCACAACCUGUAGGUAUUCUGGUUGAGCAUGAGCAUAACUGCAAUGACCUCAUUGCCACUGAUCAUGGUGCAAAGCCUGAAUCUUUGUCAUUCUGUAAGGAAGCAGUUAAUUCAAAAUCAAAGCCUGCGGAUCUAGUUGUUGAGAAAUCAUCACCAUGCAUCAACGCGGAUUAUGAAUAUGUGAACUUAUUGGCUGAUACCCCAGGUGUCAAAAGAGGACUGGAAUCUCCUUCAGCAUGGAAGUCUCCUUGGUAUAUAGAUAUGCACAUGAGCUUUCAGGGUUUUGUCAGCCCGGCAGACAGAACUUAUGACGCGCUAGGGUUAGUGAAGCAGAUAAGUAAGCACAGUGCUGCUGCUGCAGUGGAGGCCUGUGAGGUGCUAGCAAGCGGCAGCAGACCCUCUGAUGCGGAAAACAAGGAAAAUACAGAUGACAAGGAGCCAGGGACAAGAAAAUCACAGACCAAAAUCAUGGCCGAGGCGCGAGUCCUGGAUUUCGACGAAUAUUCCACACCUGCAAGAACAGCAGAUAAGAGACUUAGCAGCUGUCUCGGAAGAUCUGUUAGCUCACCCAUUCUUUCCUCCCCCAACCUGAGAAGUUUUCGAUAGGUAGACUUGUGAGAGAUACACCAGAUAUGUUCCAAUAAUACAUUAGCUGUAUGUACAUGCAUGUUCCUAGAGCUCAUUGUUCUCAUUCGUUACUGUGUAUUGCCACCGUUAUUUAAGCGUACAGUGUCAGCCCAGAAACUAGCUUCCAAAAGGCGGCAGUAUCAGUGGACUGUUAAAACCUUGUAUCAUUCAAUUGUAAUUUACUAUUGGUUAAUAGUAGUAGUUUACAUCGGAGA